UGUAAUCAGGAACCUGGAGAACUUGGGUGAAAGGGCUCUGCCGUACAAGAUCUUUAAACACAAUUUGCAGCACACUCGUGCAGGAUAUUUCUUGGUGGAUUUCGAAGCCCCGCCUAGCACUAUCCUAAGCUUGCUGGAUCAUUUAGGACGUGACAUCGACGUUAUCAGACCCACAGUACUGAAGCAUCAACCUCCCAAAAGCGAUGAAAAAUGUCCAGGAUUGAUCCAACCCAACUAUGAUAUCAAAUUUCGAUCGAGAAAGAAAUGAUUUUCGCGCCGUAGUAUAUUGAAAUUGUUUUGUUUCCCCGCCCCCUCUCCCCAAUAAGGUUACAGGAAUAAAGAUGUUUUCAAUUCGGUUGUGGAAACUUAUAUUUGGAAUUGUACCAAGAGAAACUAAAAGUGCAAAGUAUAUGUGUUAAUAAAAUUUAAGUGAAUAUAAAA